GAGAACAGUCGCCGAAUCGACGUUACGAUACAUACGCGUUUUUUAGUCGAAUUCAUCGUCUUCGUGACUUGAACGCGGGUGAUAUUGCCAAAUAAUCUAGUGUUUCAGUGUUUAUAUCUGCUGUUUGUGUGAUCAUUUGUGUGUAAUGGUGAUUUUGUGGUGAAUAACGUGCAGACUUAGGGUAACAAUGUCUAGUAGUUGACAUGUUUAUCUGUGUCGUGUGUGAAGAUUUUCCCUUCGCGUGAGGAGCGCGCUGCGCCUGUGUGUGUGCAUCGGUGUGUGCGUGCGUGAGGACGAGGCUCCAAUGAUGGAUUGCAUUUCAGUGGAUGUGUAGGAUGUGAUCGCCAACGUCGACCCAUCAAUGACGGUAACAUACAUCUGACCACAUCGUACAAUGCGGUCACAGGCUACGAAACCUUUACCUAAGAAAGGGGCUUUGAGUAAGACAGCUAAAACGGCCACCGCUGCUAAGCAAGCUAAAAAGAAAGCAGCAUCGCCAAAGAAAGUAAAGAAUUUGGUUAAUAAAUCAUUAGUAAAAAAACCCAAAAAGGCAGCAUCAAAAGACGACAUCGCCAGUGAUGGAGAUACUACAUCCUCCGAUAAAAAUGAUACAUCUACAGAAACUAUCAAAAGUGGGCCUUCAAAAGCAAAUGCUUCGAGAAGCAAUUCUCCAACGAAAAAAGCCAAGAAAGAGCCUAAAGAAAAAAAGGACACGUCUAAAAGUCCUCCAGGAUCAAAAAAUGUCGUGGUCAAAAAAAUCGUAAAACCGACCAAAAAACCUAAAUUAUCCACUAAGAAAGGAGUAAACGAUAAUGAUGAUAUAAAGUACAAAAUUAAUUUGGAUGUAGCUAAAAAGGUUAAAUCAAGAUUUUCGAAAGCUAAAACCAUUGUAAAGAAAAGUAACGCCAACCAGAAGAAAAUUGGAACACCCCAAAAGAAACAGGAAAAAGGACCACAAGAUAAGAAUACUACAGACGAUAAAGAGAAGUCUAACGAUAAAAAUGAGAAUACUGAGGAUAACGCAAAAUUGACUGAAGCUAACAAUGAUACCCAAGACUCUCGAGAUGAGAAAAAAGAAGAAUCCAAACCUGAAAAUUAUAAAUCAAGCGGUGAUGCUCCAAAUAUCAGUGAUCCCAAUACUAAUUUAUCAGCAAACACUCAACCCGAAACACCAAAAGUUGAGACUGAAAGACCUCCUAAAUUUUUUACAUCUACUAGAUCUCCUAGGAUGGUUGAUAUUGAUGUUAAAUGCUUUAAAACUUCAAAAGGUAACCUAAGCGUAUCGGAAAGAUUUUUAUCACUUAAAUGUGAAACUAAAACAGAUGACAGCAACAAAGAUAAAAACUCUUCUAAUACUCUAGUGUCUCAAGGUCCAGAUAUCGACGUUUAUACUUUUACAGAAAAAGUUGACUCCCCAAAGAGUAUUCUAUCUGAUUUUCGUAGUCCCAUCAACAAAAACAUCGGGAGGGUUCGACCAAUAGCUCGGGUAAAGGGCACAGUUAUCGACAAAAAGACAGAAUCAGAAAAGAAAAAAUAUUCUCCGCAUAGGCCAAUUGAGGAAGUAGUUCAACAAUUAAAAGCAAACAAACGAUCAGAAGAAUUGACCACUACUACUCAAAAUGAAAACAGUCAAUCUACAACGAGUGUGGAGUCUAGUGCUAGUAACAAUGAGAAAGAAUCAGAAGAUAAACCAACACCCAUAGUGAGUAAAUCGUAUAAAAUGGUUGCAAGAAAAUCAAGCGUUACUGGAAAACCGUUCAGUCCUAUCAAAUUUCUCGAUCAAGAACCUUCUUCAAGCAAGACCGACACUAAUAAUGCUGGUACCGCUACAAAAAAAGCCCCAAGUAAAGCAAAAAAACAACAGAAAAAGACUACUUUGUCUGAUGAUGAGCUUGACACUUGUAAAUUUUCACUCAACCCCAAAACUUUCCAUUACUCUUCUUCCGAAGAAAGCGUGAGUGAGUCAAAUGACGAUAAUGACACCAAAGAGUCUUCUGGAUCAGAUGCACCUAAAAAUAAGAAAACUAAAAAUAAAAAGUACAAGAGAAUUACAGACAGUGCUAAGAAAACAACUUCAAAAGAGUUGAAAGAGCUUUCAAAAGAUUCACUAGUGGAUCUUAAAGAUGAUUCUAUAAUAUUAGGUGACAAGCCAAGUAAACGCAGGCUUAAGCUUCUUUCAAUGUGGACAGGCCCUAAAAAGCAUAGAAUGGCAUCACUCAAUGCUAUUGCAAAAGUUCAUUGCUUGUAUGAAAACGAGAGCCGAACACACAUGGAAUUAGGGUUGAUGAAAACCGUAGACCGCCAACCAAUUCCGAGUACAUCUAAGGUACAAAUUACUAAAAAGAAAGAUUCUAAAUCCAAGGAAACUGAAAAACAAGAAAGCACUUCCGAAUCUGAAUAUGAAAAUAGAAAAGACAGCAAAAAUGAAAGUUCAGAAAGCUCAGAUGAUAAUCCCCCAUCCAGAACAUUACGCGGUGUACCAGGUAUUAGAAGUGCAGGGAAGUAUUGGGACCCUAAAUCUUCUACUUCAUCUAGCGAGGACAGCGAACUGGAGUCUAAGAAGAAAAUAAAUAGCCCAGAAAAGAAGAAAGCGCCUUCUAAACCGUCUACCUCAAAAUCCGAUACAGAAAAACCUCCGGCGAAGAUGAAAAAAACAGCUGGAGUUCCUGUAAAGAAAAAACGCAAUAGAAAUGAGGUAGUGAUGGAUUUGAAGGAUAUGGUGGUCCAAAAACGCAUGGCUAGUCUGAACGCAACUGCUAUAUUGGCAGCAAGUUAUGAGAAGCGUUCGCCUAAAUCGAAUAAAGAUGAUACUACAUCGGAUUCCUGUAGUGAUGAAUCUUUUUCUCAGAAGUCAAAAAACGGGGUAAAUUCCGGCGUAAAGUCGGAAAUAAAGCACGAAGAUACUAAAAAGGAAAUUGAGGAAACUGUCAUGACUGACAGCAAGCAGAAAGUGGAGGUGAUUGUCAAUCAAGACACUGACGUGACUAUUACCGGGGUGUACUCUACUCACCAUCAUGAAGGCUUCUGCACAGUAUCUCAUCAGCAAUACCGCAUUUCUUCGACGAGCCAUACCCAGACUACUUCCACGGCUAACUGUGAAAAGGAGGGUUGUCCUCGAGAUGAGGCGCGCUACACCCCGCUCUCUGCGCUGUCGUCCAUGCAGCCCCCCGCAGAACAUGCUCACGGACAUCCACAUCCAGUGGCCGACUUGGGCGGACUCUCGCGCCGUGCUGGUUGCUCCAGCGCAUUCUCUGCGCCCUCGCCCGCCGCGCAUCACGAUCCAGCUCACCAAAACCUCCCCUCUUCAAGUGCAGAGGGCACGGAGGAUCCUCAAUCACGCUGUCCCGUUGCAGGUAAGCCAUCCGCUUGCAGUUUAUGUGACUCCGCGGCCCGUUCCUCCCCGCUCGGCUACUACCAGCCGGCGGGGCCGAUGAUAAAGGAGACAAGCGCCGACGCAGACCGCGCACUCGCCCGCUAUCACCCGCCACACUACCACGCCCCGCAUCCACCUGUGCUACAACAAUACGGCCCCCCAUACUACACGCCAGACUUGUGUUACGGGCGCUACUACAGGCCACCGGGGCCCUACCACAUGCCACCCCAGCCAGACGCACAGAUGGUUGGCGUUGGGAGCGAGCCGUAUCCACCUCAGUACUACGGUACGCCACCUUGUUACCAACACUCACCACAAAGGAUACCACCAUACGUAGAAUAUCGCGGAUGCCCGUGCCCAUUAAACGCGUGUCCAAAAAACGUCCUUAUUGGGCCCGCUACUGGUAAAGCCCCAACCGGUGGCGGCCCAGCGGACGUACCCUCAGCGCUUGCGCCGCCCGGGGGCGCCUUCCGAACGAAGGUGCGGGCGUGCGCACUCGACACUGCCGCCGACACACACGGCAGUGGAAAGGAUCCACCGUUAGAACAAGAGCCACCAGCAGCAGCGGACGCACCACACCCAUGUCCACUACCAGCCAUCGGUGGUGCUUCGCCAAAACGUGAACUACUAGACAACAUUCGCCUUGUUGGCGACAUGUCAGGCCCGGGUGAAGCAUUAGGACCACCGUCACCGGCCCGUGGCUCAGCCGGCGCCUGCGCCCCUCAACCGCCACCUUCCGCUCCACGAAGAGCUCGACUAGGCAAAGAAAUGGCCAGAAAAUCCCUUGUUCUCGCAGAUACAGGUCAGCUAAUGUCAACACCACAACAACCACCACCAGCACACCACAGCGAUGCAGAUGACGAUGUGAUGGCAAUAUCGCCGCCCACCUGCGCACCGAUCGAUCUUUCCUCGUCAGACGAAAGAUCAACUCCUCUUGUUGAUGUCAAAAAAGAAAACGAGGGCCCAACAUGUGCAGCACCUAGGAAACCUGACGCACAAGCCUUAAGAGAACAUAAUUGUACAAGUUCUGUUCAAGAAUCGCCGGAAAAUAAUGAACCAAAAGCCGUAAAGAGAAGAUAUUCGAGGCCAAAGUUGGAAAUCGAUAUGAAAGAUACCCAACUAGAGGAAAGUUGCAAAACUAAUGGAAUUGGUGAACAUGUCAAACUACAAAAAAGAAGAAAGGUUUCUGGUGACCAGACGACUACAAUUAGGACUGAAACAAUUACAAAAGAGGCAAAGAAAAAAGCAACACAAAAUGGAAAUAAAAGGUCACCCAAAAAUGAAAAGAAACCUGUCAAAAGGAAAUUAGAUAACUCUUCUUCUGCACCUAAAGCUAAAAGAAUGCUUUUAGGUGCAUCUGCUGACGCUCAGGUAAAAGAUGUGAUUCCGGCUUCUGAGGACAUGAAUAAUAAACCGAAAAUUAAGAGUGCACUUAUACUCGAUAAUUUGAUUAGGAAGAACAGUAUCGACAGGGUGGAUGCCAAAGGAUAUUCUUCAGAUAAAGAAUUGAAUCCUGCUGAAUUGUUCCUCUCUCCAAGUGAAACUAUUUCACAAAACGCUUCAAAGAAGACGUUGAAUAUAAAUAAUAAUAUUGUGGAGAACAAUGUGCCAGUUAGUAGUGGAGUAAGGCCUAACACGAUUGCUGCUGUAAGUCAACUAAUUGAGAAAAAGUUAGCGUGCAAAAAAAUGGAGAAAGUUGAUUCUAAAGUAACGCAAAGCUUGAAAUCAGUAUUAAAAACACCCACCGACAAGCUGAAACACGAAAAUCCCACGCUAUCUAGUGCUAAGUGCAAAACGAAGAGUGAAAAGAACAGUGCAAGUGUUGAAAGUAGUGAUAUUAAAGACAAUGAUAUAAGUAAAGACAAAAGUGACUUACUUAAAGACAAUCUUAAAGAUUGUGAUAGUGUUAGUAAUAGUGUUGCGGUAGAUGAUGGAUCAAAAUCUACUAAGGUCUCUAAAACACCAAAACCAAAAGUGGGUCUUACUAAAAAUGAUACAAAAACAAAACCUACCGAUGAAUCUCAUAAAGAAAAAUCUACAGACGUGACAAAAGAGGCCACUGGUGAGAAAGAUGCAAGUAAAACUGAAAAAUCAAAAAGGAAAUUUGCAAAUAACAAUGGCCAGAUGAAAAACAAAAGCAUCGAAAAGGUUGCGAAGUUGUUGCAAUCAAAGAAACCAGUAACUGAUACAGAAACUAAUGAUCUCAAAGAUGAAAACGCGGAUUCUUCGAAGGAAAUUGUAGAAGUUCACGCGAAUACAGAUGGAGAGAAAACAAUCUCAGAUAAGGCCCCGGUGAAACGGUGCAAGGCCAACGGUGAAAUGCAAACCAAGAGCAUAGAGAUGGUCGCGAAACUGCUUGGGUCCAAGAAACCCGCUACACAAACUGAAGACGCUACCCCAGCGGUGGAGGAUAGUGACAAGCGACCAAGCACCGACGCCGCUGUGGACACAGAAACUCAUAAACCAGACAAAAUUUUGCCUAAACGAUGCAAAUUGACCAACGGUGAAAUGAAAGAAGAAAAGAAAAAGAAAGUCGAAAAGGUAGUGAAGCUGUUAGUAUCAAAGAAGCCUGCAAUAAAGGCGGAUGAAGCUACUCAAGUGGUAGAAGAUGCUUGUGCAUCUAGUCCGAUCCCUAGCUUGGGGAGACGGACGAAGCGGCGGCGAAGCGGCGCAGGCACGCGGCGAGUGAGGCGACCGCCAUUAUACUCGCCACUCGUUCCUCCUUCACUGGAACACCGACACCCGCCGCGGUGGAGCAACGGCUGGCAAUGGGAUGGUGAACACUACCUGUCUAAAGUCUACCUCAACAAUGAUUCCCGCCUGGACCGCGUGGCUCGCUGCUGGCAACGGAUGACGCACGCCAGCGGCGACAGUGUCUCGCGAGGAGACUGCGUGCUGCUGAAGGCCUCCACGGGCAACCGGCAGCAACCGUUCGUCGCCAGGGUCGCUAGUCUGUGGGAAAACCCUGACGACGGUGAGUGCGAGAUGAUGGUAUCCCUAGUGUGGUACUACCGGCCAGAGCAUACAGAGAAGGGCCGGGAGCCGCACGACGCUCCGGACGAGGUAUUCGCUUCCCGCCAUCGCGACGCUAACUCCGUCGCCUGCAUCGAAGACAAGUGCUACGUACUCACAUACAACGAGUACUGCCGUUACAGGAAGCGGCUAAAAGCGGCGGAGGAGGGCGUGACGAUGCCGCCGCCCGUGGUGCCGCCGCUGCCGGCCGAGUACGCGCUGCCCAGCGACCACAAGGUGCCCCCCGGCGUCGCGCCCGAGCUCGUGCUCUUCUGCCGCAAGAUCUACGACUUCCGAACCAAGAAGAUCGUCGUGCCCAACAAAUGACGCCCAAUACCACCAGGAUACAGAUUGACAGUGUAUACUCCCCGCCCGAGUCGAUCCACGCGAACCUAAGUAUUUCUAAAAGGAAUCAACACCAAAGCUACUCUACGGACUAUGUUAAGGUUCAUUGUGUGGACACAGCGGUGGCUUGUGUAGUCCCCCGAUCCUCACCUAGUACAAACGUCAGGGCGCAGUGUAUGAGCGAGCGCCCGCUCUAUGUGAAUUAUUAUUGUGUUAGUAGUCGCCGAACGGUCCGUUUUGUUGCUUGUAUCGUGAUUUGUCGUAGAUAUGUGUCUCGGGAAGAUUAAAGUGAUUUGCUGUACUCACUUUAUUUUGACGAAUAUUUUUUAUCAAAAGAUGCCUUUUAUAAGAUGUAAGUAGUUGUAAGAGAUCAUGGUGAAGCAUAAUUAUGUACCUAUAGCGAGUAUAUUUUCCUUCAGCUUGGGGUUCUAUCCCACUUGUGUGCUAAUUCUUCUGUAGAAGCGGUGUGUGCUGAGAUCAGAUAUUUCUAUUUCCUUGUAUGUUUAACUUUAGUUUAUAUUUGGCUACGUGGAAAUGAAAAGGCAUUUAUAAUUACCUAUACAAUUAUGUUUAAUUUAAUUGUUACUUUGUUGUCGGAGUAGAGUCUAUAUUAAAUUAUUAUUUAUAAUUUAAGAGAAAAUCUUGUAAAAUCGGUGUGAGAAAUGUAGAGACUUUUGAUUUCGGCUUUAUUUCUGACGGGUUAGUGUGUGUGUACAUCGUGUCGUAGAACAUUAGCCCUUAUUGGGCUCUUAUGUUUUAAGACUUUGAGAUCAAUUGUAUCUUAAAUUUAACAUCACAAAUGUAGUUAAGUUUCGUUUCGUUUCAAUCAAGUAAUGACAUAAGAUAGUACUUGAAACCUUAUUGGGGUUAGUAGCUCCUGCCUUCCUCCGUACUAAGCUACAUGUUCGUACUCGUAGUUUCCAUUCAUUAAUGAUAUACGU